UCCUCUCCCAGCCACUCCCAACCUCUCUCUCUCUCUCUCUCUCUCUCUCCCUGUGAUGCUGCAGCUCCUGUAGGCUCUUCAGUCUCCAGUAAACAGCAGUCAUGGCGACAGUGGUCCAACCGCUCACACUGGAUCGAGAUGUUGCCAGGGCUAUUGAGCUGCUGGAGAAGCUGCAGGAGUCAGGCGAUGUUCCCGGUCACAAGCUCCAAUCUCUGAAGAAAGUCCUUCAGAGUGAGUUCUGCACAGCCAUCAGAGAGGUGUACCAGUAUAUGCACGAAACAAUUACAGUGAAUGGCUGUCCAGAGUAUCAGGCCAGGGCCACGGCUAAGGCCACAGUUGCAGCCUUCGCAGCCAGUGAAGGUCACUCUCACCCGCGGGUGGUGGAGCUACCAAAGACGGAGGAAGGGCUGGGCUUCAAUGUGAUGGGCGGCAAAGAGCAAAACUCACCUAUCUAUAUCUCCCGCAUCAUUCCUGGAGGCGUAGCUGAGAGGCAUGGCGGCUUAAAGCGAGGGGACCAGCUCCUGUCUGUGAAUGGAGUGAGUGUAGAGGGAGAGCACCACGAGAAAGCGGUGGAGCUACUGAAGGCAGCCAAGGACAGCGUGAAGCUGGUGGUUCGCUACACCCCCAAAGUGCUGGAGGAGAUGGAGGCCCGCUUCGAGAAGCUGCGUACGGCCCGGCGGCGUCAGCAGCAGCAACUCCUCAUGCAGCAGCAGCAACAGCAGAAUCUGGCCUCUCAGCAGAACCACAUGUCGUAGGCUGUUCCAAAAGAAGAAGAAGUGAAGAAGUGUGUGGAUCUUUAAGGCCAUCUGUUUGUGUUGAGGAUCCCAAAGGCGUCUCUCCAUCAUGGAGCAAAACCGACGGAAAGUAGAAGACUCUUUCACUCUCUCCCUUCCAGUGUACCACCGAUUACUGAGCAAAAACGAAGAGAGCGUUUGUCCUGAAUUUGGUGCUUUGAAAAACAAGUAUGAGGGAGGCUAACACUGAAAGUUUUGACUUUAUAGUCCCUUUUCUAGGUUCUACACCCCAGUCGUGACUUGAAUACUCCCCUUCUUGUGUUUGUAGUUUGGUUUAUUUUAUCCACCUGGUUUGCUUUCAUCCAUUUGGCAGUGGAUCCUUCGCCAUUUUUCCAUAGAUAUCAUUUGUACAGUGGUGUUUCUAUUGAUUCCUCUACUGGUGCUUGUGUCUCUGUAUGAAUGACCAUUGAUUUCCUUUUUCUGUGUCCUGUUUUUGAUGAACUCUUUUUUACCUUCUAUAUUGUAGCAAGAAAAGAUUUUGUAUCUCGUAGGUUUAGCAAUAACACACUUUUUUUUGGUUUUUGGUUUUUACAUUUUAAAAUGAAAUUCAUCACAUAUACAGUUUAUGUGCAAAUGUAAAUCACCGUAAAGCAAAUCGCGUCUUAUUCACUGUAAGGCAGCUCCUGAGUCCAAAUCGGUCUUCUGUGCCAUUUAAAGAGAUUUACAGACGGCGCAUAGAGUUAAUGUGCAAUAGCUGCGAUUCAUAAAAAGAAGUUAUAAGCUACUCCCAGCUGAAAUUAAUCUAGUAAAUAUAUGUUACAAGGAGGUUCACUUUAAUCCUCACAAAUCUUAAAUGUUCCCGACAGAUUACCAGAAUGUCAUCACUUUUGAUUUUAACAGAAUUAAAUGAAUAUUAUGUUUAUUUUUCCAGAUCUGUCUAUUUUAUAGUUUACGAGAUCAGAGGUUUAACACAAAGUUUUAAUGUUCCUUUCAAAAUAUUAUGUAUUCUUUCUAUGAUGUGCAGAUUGUUUAAAAUCUAUUCAUUGCAUUAUGGCUAAA